AUGAUAAAAAAAAUUAUUAUUGCUAGUGAUCAUGCUGGAUAUGAUUUAAAAGAAGCGAUUAAAAAACAUUUUAGCAAUGUUGAUAUAAAGAUACUUGAUUUAGGGGCAAACGAUCCUGAUAAAGCUAUUUCCUAUGCACAACAGGGUCAAAAAUUAGCAAACACUCUCUUAAAAACUAAACACAGUCUUGGAAUAGGAAUUUGUGGGACAGGAAUUGGUAUUUCUAUCGCAGUUAAUCGAUUUAAAGGUGUUAGAGGAGCAAAAGUAAAUACUUUAGAAGAAGCCAAAUUAGCUAAAAAACAUAAUGAUGCAAAUGUGUUAAUAUUUGGCGGAAGAAUUGUAACUCCAGAAAAAGCAAUAAGAAUGAUUAAUCAUUAUUUAAAAGAAGAUUUUGAACAAGGAAGACAUUUAGAUAGAAUAAAUCAACUUGAUAAAUAA